AGGAGGGAUCACUGCCGCUGAGCUCAGGAAAGUGAAACUCACCCACUUACACUGCCCAGAGGGAGCCAUGGCUGCAGAGAGCCCCUUGGAAAGUCUCCAGAAUGAAGCUGCUUGUCCCAUCUGUCGGGAGCUUUUUAAAGACCCAGUGGUUAUAGACUGUGGGCACAGUUUCUGCCGAGUCUGCAUCACCCAGUGCUGGGAAGGAUCCGAUACGAACUUCACCUGCCCCCAGUGCAGAGAAACAGUUCAGCAGAGAAACUUCAGGCUGAACAGGCAGCUGGCAAAUGUCCUAGAAAUAGCCAGACGUCUGAGUGCCCAGGCAGCAAAGGGAGCCGGAGGGAAGGGGCUGUGUGGGGAACACCAGGAGCCUCUCAACCUGUUCUGCGAGGAGGAUCAAGCCCCCAUCUGCGUGGUGUGUGACAGGUCCCGGGCUCACCGCGCUCACACGGUGGUGCCCACAGAGGAGGCUGCCCAGGUGUACAAGGAAAAGGUUCAGGCCUAUUUGGAGACUCUGCAGGAAGAGAGAGAAAAGCUGCUGGGAUUUAAAGUGAUUGGAGAGGGGAAAACCUGGGAAUAUCUGAUCCAGACACAAGCUGAGAGGCAGAAGAUUGUGUCUGAAUUUCAGCAACUGCGGCAGUUCCUGGAGGAACAAGAGCAACUCCUGCUGGCCCAGCUGGAGAAGCUGGCCAGGAAGGUUGUAAAGAUACAGAAUGACAAUGCCAGUAAACUCUCUGAGGAGAUUUCCCGUCUCAGUGAGCUGAUCAGUGAGCUGGAGGGGAAGGGUCAGAAGCCAGCGAGUGAACUCCUGCAGGACUUCAGAAGCACCGUGAGCGGGUGUGAGGCGGGGAAGUUCCAGCAGCCCGUGGAGAUUUCUCCGGAGCUACAGAAGAGACUCAGUGAUUUCUCCCAAGAAAAUAUUGUUUUAAUGGAGACUUUGAGGAAAUUCAAAGACACUCUGCUAUCUGGACCGGAGACAGGAGCACACAGACAGGGUAAGAUUGCAGUGACGGUGACUCUGGAUCCAGACACGGCUCAUCCCCAGCUCGCCCUGUCUGAGGAUCGGAGACAUGUGAGAUGGGGACACGCCCGGCAGGAUCUGCCCGACAACCCUGAGCGAUUUGACACUGAGCUCUGUGUGCUGGGCUGUGAGGGAUUCACCCUGGGGAGACAUUGCUGGGGGGUGGAGGUGGGGGAUGGGGAACGCUGGGCUGUGGGGGUGGCCAGAGAGUCUGUGAGGAGGAAGGGCUGGAUCAGUCAUAACCCUGAGGGGGGGAUCUGGGCUGUGCAGCGGUGGGGGUGUCAGUUCCAGGCUCUCACCUUCCCUGAGACCCCCCUGCCCCUGAGCCGGGUCCCCAGAAGGAUCAGGGUUUCUCUGGACUGUGAAUGGGGGCAGGUGGCAUUUUUUGAUGCUGAUAACGAGGCCCCAAUCUUCACUUUCCUGCCAGCCUCUUUCACCGGGCAGCGAAUCCGUCCCUGGUUCUGGGUCUGGACAGGAUCCUGGCUCAGACAGUGUUGCUGAGACAUGGGGGGGGGGAUAUCGCCCUGG